AGAAUCCAACCCCCAGUAAUUCUAACAUUUAUAGAAGAGUAGAAAUAAUUUUCCAAUUUUUCAGAUAGAGAGCUUUCUUAUAAGUCUCAAACGCCAUAAUAUUCGGUGAUGGCUUCCUCGUCCUUGUCAACUCUUGUUAGGAGCAACUAUGAUGUCUUCCUCAGUUUCAGAGGGAUAGACACUCGGCGCACCGUAGUCAGCUUUUUGUAUAAAGAUCUUAUACGCCAGGGAAUUCUUACUUUUAAAGACGAUCAGGGGAUCGGGAAAGGAUCCGAAAUUAAGGAAAGACUCAUCGAAGCCAUAAAAACUUCACAGGUCGCUAUUGUCUUCAUCUCGGAGAACUAUGCUACCUCGAGAUGGUGCUUGGAGGAGCUCCGAUUGAUAAUGGAGCUUCAUAGCGUGAAUCGGAUUCAUGUGGUUCCCAUCUUCUACAGAGUCGAUCCUUCUGACGUGAGACACCAGACAGGAAGAUUCGCGGCUGACUUUCAAAGGCACGAAGAUAGGGAGCCGAAUAGGGCUUCCCAAUGGAGAAGAGCUCUCAACCAAAUUAGUCAUAUAUCAGGCAUUCAUUCCACGGAAUGGGAAGAUGACGCAGCGAUGAUAGACAAAGUAGUUGGAAGCAUCUCAAAGCAACUGCUGCUAAGGAUGGAGUCAACUGUUUUGAACAGUUUAGUUGGGAUGGAAGCACACAUGGUUAAAAUGAAUCUCAUUUUGAAUAUGGGGUCUGAAAACCAGGUUCUCUUUAUAGGAAUAUGGGGUAUGGGAGGCAUAGGCAAAACCACCAUUGCCAAUUGUCUAUAUGACCGAUUUUCAAGUCAAUUCUCAGCUCGUUAUUUCAUUGAAGACAUUAAGAAUAUUUAUAAGGACAAGAGUCCUGCGUACUUACAGGAAAAAUUCCUCUUCAGAAUUUGUGGUGGUUUAGAUAUUGGUUUUCGAAGCCAUGAAGCAAGAUCCCAGAAGAUAAUCGCAAGACUCGGGCACCAAAAAAUACUUAUUGUGCUUGAUGGUGUGGAUAAAGCAGAGCAGGUUAAGUGCUUGGACGAUAAGGAUGCCCUCCAGGUAUUUAAAAAUUCAGCUUUUAGAGGAAGACCGCCACCAGAUGGAUUUGAGCAACUAUUCAUCAGAGCUUCUCGGCUGGCACACGGUCUUCCCUCUGCCCUUGUGACUUAUGCCACCUAUCUCAGUGAAAACACAACCAUAGAGAAGUGGGAAGAUGAAUUAAGUUCACUUGAAACAAGGCCUCACAAGAAUGUCAAGGAGAUUCUGAGAAAUAGCUACGACGAUCUAGAUGAUCAAGACAAGACAGCCUUCCUUUGUGUUGCAUGUCUCCUUAACGGAUACCCUUUCAACCAUGUCACUUCCCUUCUUGAUGACGGUCGUCCUAUGAUGAAUCAUUUAACUGCAAAGUCUCUCAUCAGCAUAUCAACGGAUGGAUGUAUAAACAUGCAUUUCCUGGUCGUACAAACAGGAAAGGCAAUUGUGCGCCAAGAAUCCAUGAAUAGGCCUUCCAGACAAAAGUUUCUAUGGGAUCCUAAUGAGAUCUAUGAUGUCCUGGAUAACAACAUAGGUACAGACGAAAUUGAAGGUGUGACACUGCACAUGUGUGAGAUGCCUGAUAAGUUACCUAUGAGUAUUACAGUAUUUAACGUUAUGCAUAGCAUCAAAUUUCUCAAGUUCUUCAAGCACUUGGGUGAUGAAGAGCUCAACGUGCAACCCAGGCAAGAUGGUUUUUAUUUCCCCCCUAAUAUUAGGCUACUACAUUGGGAUGCCUAUCCGUUGAAAACCUUGCCAUCCACGUUCCGACACCACCACCUCGUCGAACUCAAUCUCCAACACAGCAACCUUGAGAGCCUCUGGGAUAGCACGGUGAACCUUCGGAAAUUACGAAGACUGGAUGUAACAGGCUCGAAGAAUCUGAAAGAACUUCCAGAUCUUUCAACAGCCAUGAACUUUGAGGAGUUGAUAAUAGAAGGCUGCAUGAGGCUACGGAAUAUCCCAGAGUCCAUAAGAAGAUUACAUACUCUCACGAAACUCAAUGCAAUCCACUGCUUCCAGCUUAGGCGUGUCGAGUUCAGUGUUGAGUUAAAUGACAGCUACGUAUGUGGAGGCAGCUCCGGAACUUCCUUGUCGUUUCCGAAUAAGGCAAUGAUGUUCCCAUUUCUUAAAAAUCUAUCAGUCGAAGGCAAUAUAUAUAUAGAGUUGUUGGGCCUUAGCGGAAAAGCAGAGCACCUCUCUUUUGGUUCCAAGCAACAGCCCCCUGAUCAGUCGAUGACGAUAGAAGAGGAACCAGGAAUGCCUCAGCUCAUGUCAGAUUCUAACAGUUCAAAAUCGCUUGAGAUCAAGCAGUUUAGUUACAAGGAGUAUCGUGCUCCUUUCCGUUGUUCCAACUUUCAAAAUGUUCUCUGUUUGACAGAGUUAAAGCUGAUGAACUUAAACAUCCAAGACAUCCCGGAAGACAUAAGCCACUUGCAAUUCUUAGAGACACUUGACCUCGAGGGAAAUGAUGUCAUGUCUCUACCACGAACCUUGGGACAACUGCCCAAGUUGAAGUAUCUCAGCCUUCGAAACUGUCGCCAACUUAGGGAACUGCCACAACUUACUCAGGUGGAGACGCUCAUACUUUCUGACUGUGUGAAACUCUUAUGGUUGCUGGAAUUUCAAAUUAAGGAAAAACGGGCCACAUACUGCUUGCUUGAGCUUUGGCUUGAUAACUGCAAGGAUGCUUACUUCGAGUCACAUUAUUCCGAUCAUUUCACCAAUUUAACAUAUUUAAACCUCAGCAGCCAUGACUUUAUGACAGUGCCUUCAAGCAUCAGAAAGCUUUCAUCCUUGGAAACUCUCUGCCUCAAUAAUUGCAAGAAACUCAAAUCAGUGGAAGAGCUUCCACUGAGCCUCAAGCAUCUCUAUGCACAUGGCUGCGAUUCCCUGGAGACUGUUUCCCUUUCUCCAAAUCAUUCAAUCAAACACGUCGAUCUUAGCCAUUGCCCCCGCCUGAAACAAGAAGAACACGAGCAUCUAAUGAAUCUGUCUUUAUAUGACGGACAUAGUCAAGAGGAUUCACGGCGAUGUGAUUUCUUACCGGAACCUGUAGUUAUGAGCGUAAUUGAUGAUGAAGUCCCAGGGACAUGGAAGAGGAUCAGCAUCCCUCUCAUUUGGGUUACCCUAGUUGGAAACUUUUUCCGCGCGCUUGCGUUCACCUUCAAACGAUCAAUCCAAGAGGAGUUUCUCAUUAAUCCGCCGCCUCCAGAUUCAAGUGCUUCUCUAGAUUUGCCUGGCCCUUCUCUUGAUCAUUUUGUUUACUGCUUAAUUUGCUGCUUCUCUGUGAAAAACUCCCGAGUUUAUUCGCGAGUUAACUCAUUAACCCAGAUCUUACUGAAGUUUGGUUUAAAAAUUCCGGUUUGAUUUGGUUUACGAAUUACAACCAAAAUAAACCAACGGCGAGGAAAUUCCUAAACAAACCGGCUAAUCUCACAUUUGGUCUGCAACAAACAGUGUUGGGUAAUGGGGUUACUGCGACUUGCGAGAGUCGUCUUGCAUCUGCAAUUCUUGUCAUCUUCGCAUUGAUUAAAAUUUGGAGAUCUUG